AUGCAAUCCCUCGGCGCGGCUGGCGAGCUGCCGACAGCGUUCACAGCGGGCUCAGAUGGCGGCACGUCUCUUCGGGCGCGUGACGGCAACGCAGCGCGGGGCGCGUGCGCGGGGCUGCGGGGGGAUCGAUCGCGCUCUUCAUCAGGCGCCGCGUGCUCCCGGGGACUGUUUGUUAUGAGCCUUAAUUAUGUUGCUUGGCGAGCGCUCAUGCGAUUUUUUCUCGUAUUCUGCGAGUCGAGUCGCGGCUCAAAUUGGUUUAUUGACACAGUAUUGCGCGCCGUAAGAAUCGUUAGCUGCCACGAGGUGACGGUUCCAUGA